UUUUCAAAUAUGUAUAAAAAAUGCGUUUAACGAAGGCCGAGGAUGGUAGAGAUAUAAUUAUGAUGCGCCGGCGCCGAUUCAGUUUGUAGACAGCAGAUCUUAUGUACGGUCGUGUAAUGUAACUAGUGACACCUAAUUGUUUUACGUGUUAUUAAAAAUGAUCAUUGGAAAUUAAUGAAAAUUUAAUGUUUUGCUAUCAAAAUUAAAUUAGGCAUUCCCUUAUGGAGGUUAAUGAUGAUUUAUCUUAAAACGUAUUUUAACAAGCAAGUCUGAAAAAAAUGCUGUGUGUGGUAAAUGAAAAAUUAUGAAAAAAUCGAGUUAAUUCUCUAAUGAGUUUAUCAUUAUUUAACUAAAAUAAGUGAAAAUUCAACAUGACGUCUGAAGAGAAGACACCGGUGGACAGUUUGAAGCCGAACGAGACUUGGAGAAUACUGAAGAAUGUGGUCAUCAUCAGCCUGGCGUUCAUGGUGCACUUUACUGCAUACAGUGGUGCUGCUAAUCUUCAAAGUUCUAUCAACGCGGAGGCAGGUUUGGGCACAGCAUCGCUGGCUGCAGUGUAUGCCGGUCUCAUCUUCUCUAACAUAUUCUUGCCUGUUGUCGUUAUCAAAUGGCUCGGCACGAAAUGGGCGAUAUCCCUAUCAUUCAUCACGUACAUGCCGUACAUAGCUGCCCAGCUGUACCCGACGUUCUACACCAUGAUACCCGCGGGGCUGUUCGUGGGGUUAGGAGGAGGGCCGCUGUGGUGCGCCAAGUGCACUUACUUGUCUGUGGUAUCAGAGGCUCACAGCAAGUUAUCGAAGAUAUCAGCUGAAGCUCUUCUGGUGAGGUUCCUCGGCUUGUUCUUCAUGAUCUUCCAGAUGAACCAGGUUUGGGGCAACUUGAUCUCUUCACUUGUGUUGUCAUCAGGCAACAAUACAGCCGCCGUAACGUCAGUGAAUGAGACUAUGAUCCCCAUUCUGUGCGGCGCGAACUUCUUGCCUAGCGCUGACGCAGGGGAAGCCUUGCCUCCGCAGCCAGCUGAGAAAAUACAGAUGAUAGCAGGCAUUUAUCUCGCAUGUAUGGCUGGGGCGGCUCUUAUAGUUGCCCUAGGAGUAGACUCCAUGAAGAGAUACGACUUAGGCCGCUCAGGGUCUGGUGGAGGUAUGUCAGGACUGGCCCUUCUGUCUGUGACCUUGAAGCUGCUGGUGGAACCCACACAACUACUCCUCGUUAUCAUCAACAUCUUCAUUGGAUUGCAGCAGGCUUUCUUUGGAGCUGACUUUACUGCGGCGUUCGUGUCGUGCGCAGUGGGCACGGGCUCCGUGGGCUUCGUCAUGAUGACGUACGGCCUCGCCGACGCUAUCGGCUGUGUGCUUACUGGGUAUCUGGCUAAGCUGACAGGCCGUAUCCCCCUAAUAUGUGGGGCUACAGUAGUCCACGCAGCGUUGUUCUGCGCAGUACUGUGGUGGCGGCCGCACGCGGGACAGGGCCUGGUGCUGUACAUCAUCGCCGUAUUGUGGGGCCUGUGUGACUCCGUGUGGAUCGUGCAGAUCAAUGCAUACUACGGCAUCCUAUUCCCCGGCAGAGAAGAAGCGGCCUUCUCCAACUUCAGGCUCUGGGAGUCAGUUGGCUACAUCAUUGCUUACGUCGUGUCUCCCUACCUGAGGACCAGCGCCAAGACCUACCUCAUUUUCACCAUGAUGAUCAUAGGAGUGACCUGCUACUUCAUAGUGGAAUACCAGCAGUAUAAGAUCAAGAGGAAAGACCAGAAUAAGAAGAAGGAUUUGUACUACAUUACGAAUACUAGUAAAGGUUGUGAUAAUAUCGCUUUUCAGACUGUCGAAUGAGGUCUGUGAAGACAGAAAUAAUUGACUAUCGAGUUUAAUAGUUAAGUGAGUGAUAUUGAUGAACAAGAGUGUCAAAAGUUUAAUGGUAAGACGGAAGUUCUAUAGAUAAAAGCUAAGGCUAAUAAAUGUCAGUUGCGGAUCUUAUUUUCUUGUGAGGCUAUCAUUGGACAUCCUUGGCAGUCGUUACGGGUAGUCAGAAGCCAGUAAGUCUGACACCAGUCUAACCAAGGGGUAUUGGGUUGCCCGGGUAACUGGGUUGAGGAAGUCAGAUAGGGCAGUCGCUUCUUGUAAAGCACUGGUACUCAGCUACAUCCGGUUAGACUGGAAGCCGACCCCAAAAUGGUUGGGAAAAAAGGGCUUGGAGGAUGAUGCGCUUCUACGUAAAAAGCACAUAAAAAGAAAACCUUUCGUACUCCCCUACUUACCUUCUUACGUAUUUCUUCUUACAUCUAUGUAAUAUCGCCUAUGAAACUACUUCUGAAUGUGUGAUACAGAUUUUCACAAAGUAACAAUUAUUUUAAUGCAUAUAAUUUGACUAUUGACAGAUAUUAUAAUGGUUUGUUGAUCUACUUCUGUAAUGUAAUCGUUAUUUAAUAGACUUACGAUUACAUUAACUGCAGCACCCAUUAUUCAAUAAUUCUCUUGUUGUAAAUAUUUAUUAUGUAAUUGUUAGUAAACCAGUUUGUGUGACAUAGUUAAGAAGUUGUUACUAUCCGAUUACAUUGUUAUUUUAUUAUGAAUUUAUAAUAAAUAUCUAGGUGUAUGUAGACUUAUGUUAAUUAUCAAUUAUAAACAUUGAUUGUGAUAACUAUUAUAAUAAGUAUCUUAAGUAAAUAUAUUUUUGU